AUGCCGGCAAGUAAUAUCGAGGCACGGCAGGGACGCGGCACUUGCAGGACGUGCACCAACUGUCGCCGGAAAAAGAUCCGAUGCGAUGGCCAGCGACCCCGAUGCCAUGCCUGCCAGGCCAAAGGCACCGAGUGUACCUUCCCCCAGGACGCGCGCAAGUCCGCCACGCGGCUGCGCAAGGCUGAUGUCCUCUCCCUCCAGCACCAGCUCGAUGCUCUGCGUAGCCGGUUUGAGACUUCUCCAACGUUCUCACGACCGCUGCCGCAGAACCAUGGUCCCGCCGUCGCAAUGCCCCUUGCGCCGCCCCUUGCGCCGUCGUCCCUGACGUCGCAACAGCAUCCGGCGCCCGACGAUGAGGUUGACGAUGGGGUCGACAAUGAGGUCGAAAAUGAGCUCGGCAAUGAGGUCGAAAAUGAGCUCGACAAUGAGCUCGACAAUGAGGUCGAAAAUGAGCUCGGCAAUGAGGUCGAAAAUGAGCUCGACAAUGAGCUCGACAAUGAGGUCGAAAAUGAGCUCGACGAGGCCACGAGUACAGCCAAGCCGGGCUCGGUCGCAUCCACGUCGCAACGCUACGGCUUGACCAGCCUUCUCCAUGACCACUCCCCAGUGUCCUCGCGCCAUCGCCAUCAAUCGCAGUCCCCACGUCCUCCCAUGGCAAGUGGCACCAGGUCUACUACCACUGCAUCUUGUAUGAGCGAACCACUCUCGGAUGAGCUGUGUCGGGCCUAUGUCGUGUCUAACGCGGCUCUCGGCCGACAAGCAGAAUCGACCCUGCGCUCGAAUCCCAGCCUGCUUGCCAAUAUCGACUUUGAUCUCUUGCCAGCAGAUGCUGCCCUCCAUCUCUUGGAUCUUCACUGGAACCGCCAGCACAUGUCGUACCUCCUGACCUACCGCCCUGCCAUCAUGGACAGCCUCAUCCGCAAUGGUCCGCACGUCAACAGUCUGUUGCUGAACGCCAUCUACCUGCAGAGCAGUCUAUACAGUGAUCGGCCUGGCAUUCGCACUCCCUUCGGCGCGGACGAGGCGGCCACUGGUCAGGUCAACUUCUAUGCCCGGUUCAAGGCGCUGCUCCCCACCUUUAUCGAUAAGCCUUCCAUUCCUACAAUCGUCGCCCUUCUGACCUGUGGAAGCUGCCUGGUGCCCCACGGUCAGCAGAGUGCUGGCUGGGUCUUCUGUGGCAUGGCGUACCGUAUGAUGAUUGAUAUUGGCAUUCACCUGGACAGUUCGGGGCGUGCAGCCACCAGUACCAGCCCGAGCGCAACGGCUAUCGAGAUGGAAAUGGCAAACAGACUGUAUUGGGGCGCAUACGUGGGGGAUAAAUUCCAGUCUUUGUUCCUGGGCAGAUCACCAGCGUUGCACAGGGCAGCAGCCACAGUCUCUCGCAACUAUCUCGACUCGUAUGAGGAGAUGGAAGUAUGGGCUCCCUACGUGGAUCCACAGGCGCAGGCGCCGCUUCUUGUCACCCUCGACCAACAACACGCUGCCGCCUAUGUCCCUCGCCCAGCCUACGCUCUGAGCACCUUUCGAAGCCUACUGGAGCUGUGCGACAUUGCAGCUGACAUGAUAGAAGCAUUCUACGCACCGAGUACUGGCGCCAGGGAUGACCGACCGCGCGGGGACAAGAGGAACGAGCUCAGGGCCCAACUGAGCCAGUGGCAUUCAUCCCUCCCGUCAUGGCUCCACUAUAAGCCUGAACAGGAUCAUAUUCUGCCACCACAUCAAAUCACAAUACACACAACUUACUGGACGCUCAUCAUAUUGACCGAACAGGCUCUCCUAAGAGGUGAUGAGGAUGGGCCGGCAUUGGAUGCGGACUCUCUUGGGAAGAGUAAACGCCUUUGCGUGGAUGCCGCGCUACAGAUCUGGUUGCUUGUAGCCGCCUACCGGAAAGCGUUCACACUGCGCAGAGCACAGUACGGACUGGCUUACGCCACAUACUGCGCGGUUGUCGCUAUACUACAACAAACCGAUCAAGAUUGUGAGGAAUACAUCGAAUGCAUCCGAUUCUUCUGGACAGCAUUGCUGGAAUACGAACGAGGAUGCAACCAUGGGUUGAAAAGACCCCUACGUCUUUUGAGAUCACUCAUGCGGCGUAUGAACCGACUCUCGCAGCUCGUAAGCGUUGACGAGUCGAAUAAUAUGGUAGACCGCACUGAUGCGGUAGUGGCAUCGUCGGAUAAUCUUGAUUGUAUGGACUUUAGGGACUUGCUGCCUGCAGGAAACAGUUUAGAGGACUUCUUACAGCCCUGGGACGAGUCGUUAUGCCAAGGUACGACGACUCAGGGUCUUUUCAACAACAACACCGUCUUUGGCAUUGCAGAUGAUUCACUGAUGGGGACGUACAUGUAA